AUCAAUCUCACCGCCGCGUCUGUAAAUUUUUUCUUUCCUUAAUUUUUCUUUUUUAUUUUUUCGAUUUUUCCCAUUUUGCUCUGAAGAAGAAAAGAGCCCUCUGACCGAUCUCCACUUGUAUUCCCCAAACAAACUUCCAAUAGUAUUUGAAAAAAGAGAUAAAUAUCAAUUCACUAUACCCAUUUCAAUUCGAUCAAAUAAACAUUUCUUGAGCAAUAAACGCAAAAGUUUAUCCAUUCACCUCGGCCUUCGCACAGAAUUUUUCCCACCUUUAAAAUUAUCUGAUUUAUCAGUUUUUUUGUCAAGAAAUCUUGAAAACAGAGGAAGAAAAGGGUUGGAAAGAUGAUGAGAAGGCAGCCACAGAGUCAGCAGGAUUAUUAUUCCAAGAUUUUCUACGAGCUUUCGGCUUUGGUUUUGAAUAUCAUGCGAUCCCCGCCGCCGUCCAUCGAUUUUGCCGAUCAGACUGCGGUUGCCCACCGCCGGCGGAGGGAGGAGCCGUCGUUUCAGCAGAUGACGCCGGCGGGAUUUGCUUCUCUGCUUCUUGGGAUUUCCUUGGCCUUGAUGCUGUGUGGAUCGGUGACUUUUUUCCUUGGGUUUAUUUUGAUGCCUUGGGUUCUUGGGUUGGUGAUAGUUUUGUACUUUGUUGGGGUGGUUUCGAGCAUUUCGAUGAUUGGAAGGGCCAUUCUGUGUUAUAACUCCGCCCCUCCUUCUCCUAGGAAAGACAUUCCUUCCUGGAAGCUUCUAUGAGGCAUUUAACACGGGACAUUGUCAAAAGAUUUAGCACACUCGUGUUGUGUGCUAUGUAUCAUUCAAAUAUAGGACUCCGGUAGGGGAAACUGUGGAUACUUCCAUCUCUAAGGAUACUUCACGAACAUGUGGAUAUGGCGUCUCUCUCUUAACUUGAAGGAUGAGAUCUUUACAGGAUUGAAGAUGGAGACAUUUCAAUUAGCUGUUUUCCCAGUUAGCUAGAAACUGGGAAGAUGUAUUUGUGUUGCCACAUAUUUUAUUUCUUGAAAGGGAUGCUAUUUUUCCCCCCUUCUCUUUUGGUGCUUUUUCAAUAUGUAUAAGAAUUAUAGAUUGUGUAAUGACUCUUGUCUUUUGAAACUGUUUGCUGAAAUUGGAAGAACUCAUUCCUUACUUCAGAGCCCUUUAUUUGAAUGAUCUAAUUCAAAAUUGUACAAUUCCAGGCA